AUGUCUGUUCUUUAAAACGAUAUUGAUUUACUGAAUCCUCCUGUUGAGUUAAAGAAGAGGGAGCACAAGCCCAAGUGUCUUGUGCAAUCACCCAACUUCUUCAUGGACAUCAAGUGCCAAGGAUGUUUCAACAUUACCACUGUCUUCAGCCACUCUCAAAUUGUUGUGGUAUGCGGUAACUACCAAACAGUCUUAUGCCAGCCAACAAGAGGACGUGCUAGACUCACCGAGUGGUGUUCUUUUAGAAGAAAGGGUGAUUGAUGAUGCGGUGGAUGGCUUCCUU